AUGAGCACCUUGGCCUUGGUACUUUUGGGGCUUGCCCUGGGGUUUAGGGCCAUUACAGCUAAGCCAGAGGAUGGCAGCUUUUGCUCUAAGAGCCAAGUGGCUUUCAGAGAUGAUUGCUAUGAAUUUGUGCCUCUCGGCCGCACCUUCUAUGAUGUCCAGAGCUGGUGUGAGGAGCAAGUAGGCCAUUUGGUUUUUAUUCCUGGUGAAGCCACCCAGCUAUUUCUGCAGAAGCACCUCACCCAGGACAGGGAACGGUGGAUUGGACUCACAUGGAACUUGGCUUGGAAUGAUACUACAGAAGGUAGUGGGAUCUGGCUGGACAACUCAAAUGUGAGCUACAGCCACUGGCGCCGAGGGCAGGAUGCUUCUGUAACCAAACCCUGGGGCUACAAUGGGAGAGACCCUUCCUUUGGGUAGUUGCCCUCGGACAACUGCACGCAGGAGUUCACCUUCAUCUGCGAGUUUGGUGUCGGCCAGAGUCUGGCCUGCGAGAGCCUCAAUGCCACCAUGCACUGUGGCUCAGGGGAGGUGAUCCAGAUCCAGGAUGCUUUCUAUGGGCGCCAGACUCCCCUUUAUUGCAUCCAGGACGCCGGGGACCCCUCAGACCUGGAGGAGGAAUGCAGCUGGGUCAGCGUCAAGGACGAAGUGGCAGGUAGGGCCCAAGGGCUCUGUAGCUCUGGCUGCAAGGGGCUGCAGGCCUGCCAGGUGGCAGCAGAUGGGACCUACUUUGGAGACCUGUGCCCCACCUGGGGCAGUUACCUGUGGGUGCAGUACCACUGCCGGGAAGGGAAGCCCGAGAGUUUCAUCUUUGACAAUGUCACCAUCUCCCUUACAUGGCUCUUCUGUCCCUACAUUGGAAACCUGUCCUGUAUAAUUAAUAUGGGGGAUGGCCACACUUUCGAUCCCUACUACCCCACAAGUUUGUCCAGCAGCGUUUUCCACCAGUUCACAGCCCCUGGGGAAUUCACUGUGUUUGUCGAGUGUACAACCAGCGAGUGGAACGUGAUAGCUCAGAAGCAAGUGACGAUGUGAGACAAGAUGGAGAGGCUCUGUGUGACUGGGUGUUCUGGCCUGUCCACAUCAGGAACUAGCCCUCUCUGCUGGGCAGUCUUCAGGGACCCUCUGUGGAUUCAGGUGGAGCUUGAUGGAGGAACAGGGGUGACUUACACUGUGCUGUCAGGUAACACAACCCUGGCUGACUUCACCACGCAGAGGGGCCCGCUCCCCUACAGUGUGACGCUGGGUGGAGCAGUCCAGCAACGGAUGGGCCCAGGGAUGCACCACAUGGAAAUCUGAGCCACCAGCAACACCACCACCUCUGCCCCCUCCAGAAACAUCACCAUCUACUUCGUGGAGCCCCUGUCAGGCCUGCAGGCCUCCUGGGCUUCUGGCAACUUGGAGCUUGGACAGGACCUACUGGUCAAUGUCUCGGCGGCUCACGGUAUCCCGGAGAGGCUGACCUCUGAGGUGGCAGGACUCAAUGCAACCUUCUCCCAUGAGAAAGAGAGCCUUGGGGGGCCAUUUGGGACUCACCACGUGGCAGUUCCUCUUGAAGGCACCUUUCUGGUCACUGUGCUGGUGAGGAACGCCUUCUCAAACUUGAGUUUGAAAAUUGGAAGCAUCACUGUCACAGCUCCUUUCAGUCUCCAAGAACCACCUGGAACAAAGGCUCAGAAAAAGAAUAGAGAUAGAGGGGAUGUGGAGCUGUGCGUGGAACCCAGUCAGUACUUGGAUUCUUUCACGACAGUGACUCUGGGCUGGCCAGAUAGUAACAAGGACUUUCGCUUCCAGUGGGCAUGUGGGCACUGCUGGGCUCAGUGGAGCGACUAUGUUGAGAGGCAGCUGCUCUGCACAGACCAGAGGGAGCUGGUAGUGCCACCGUCCUGCCUGCCGAUGCCUGACUCUGCUGUUACUUUGCGCUUGGCAGUCUGGAGAGGCCAGGAGCUGCAGAACCUGGAGAAGCAGUGCCUCUGUGUGUCUGCCCCCCUGGAACUCAGGCUGCGAGUCAGCUGUGAGGAGAACUGCAGGCCAGUGAAUGCCAGCAGGGACGUUAUGCUCAAGGUCACCGUGGGGGACAAGUCUGCAGCAGCCGUGUUCAGCUGGUAUUUAGAUGACACCCCGCUGGAGAAGGCCGAGCCCCUCCCAGCUGCCUGCAGACUCCAAGGAUUCUGGCCGCGUUCUUUAAUCCUCCUUCAGAGCGACACUGCCACCCUGCUGCUGAACAGCUCCUUCCUGAGGACCCGCAGCCAGGCCACCGGAACCAGAGUCAGAGUGGCGACCAGGCGCGCCUACAGGGAGGGCACCUACGUGAUCAGCUCCCUGCCUCUCCCGGAGGUGCCCACCUGCACCACUGCCCCAGAGGAGGGCAUUGUUCUGAUGAGCUUUGCCAUCUUCUGCAAUGCUUCCGCCGCCCGGGUCCUGGAGUACCGCUUCUGCCUGGAGUCAGGUUCCUGUCUACACUGUGGCCCUGAACCUGCUCUCCCAUCAGUUCACCUGCCACUUGGAGCAGAAAACAAUGACUUCAUGCUGACAGUGGUCAUUUCUGUCUGCAAUCACGUGGGUGAAGAGCAGACCCAGGCAGCAGUUAAGGCGGGACGUGGAGGCACCCAUGUGGAGGAUGAGGCAUUUCAGGCCACAGUGUGGGACAAUGUCACUGCCACACUGCAGGGCGGGCAUGGCCCUGAGCAGCUCUUCCAGCUGGCCAGGUCUGUGUCAUCCGUGUUGGACCAGCAGGCCAAGGGCCAAGGGCCAGGCUCCGGGCAGCCGCUGAGAGUGGACGCCAGCAGAAAAGUGCAUCUUCUGUCUGCGGGGUCACUGCCUGCGGUCAGCACCACCUUGGGGGACAUGCAGAAGGUGCAAGAGCUGGCCGAGGCACUGAAAGAGGUGACCCGCCGCAGUGAGGAGCCCAUGCCCUUGGCCCAGCGGGAGGCCAGCAGGGCUCUGCAGCAUGCCAGUGAGGCCCCAUUGGCAGUGAGUGCCGAGGCCCAUGCUGAGGACCAGAGGCACCAGGAGGCCACCGGGGACCUGUUCCAGGCUGUGUGCAGCGUGCUGGAAGCUUCCCUGAGGGACAGACCAGAAGAGCCUGCAGGGGCCAAUGGCAGCCAGGUAGCUGUAGUGCCCCAGCUGCUGGGAGCUGUGGGGCACAUGCAGGCCACCGUCCUGCGGGGGGUACUGCCCGGGGGCCUUCCAGCCACACUGGCCGCCCCCUCCAUCUCCGUGUACACAAACAGAAUACAGCCCCGGAGUUAGCGAGGCUCCCCUGUGCACGUUGCUGCUGCCAGCUCUGCGACCUUCACCCUGCCCGCUGCCCCCUCCCUUGGCUCCAUGGAGGACGGUAGGGUACCUGUGGACAUAAGGAUGAAGAGUUUCCCAAAGAACCCAUUCCCAGCGCCAAGUCACUUCGAUGUCAGCGGAACUGUUGGUGGCCUCUCUCUGACCAGCCCUAGUGGACAGCUCAUCCCUGUGAAGAAUCUGUCGGAGGAUAUCGAGAUCCUGCUGCCUCAGCUUUCAGAAGGACACAGCGAGCCAACUGUGUUGAACCUGACCAGACCUGAAGCUCUGUGGGUGAACCUGACUUGAGGGGGUGUGGCUUUGGGGAUCCAGCUGCACUGGAGACCUGACAUCCCACUUAUGCUCAGCCUGGGCUACGGCUACCACCCCAGCGUGACCAGCGACGAUGCCCAAGCUCACCUCCUGCCAACAGCUAUUCCAGAUGGGCUGUCCACAUGGAUCCUGAGCCCAGAGGACCUGCAUUUUGGAGAAGGCAUCUACUAUCUGACUGUGAUCCCCGAGUCUGACCUGGAGCCGGCCCCCGGCAGGGACUUCACAGUUGGCAUCACCACCUUCCUGUCUCAUUGUGUGUUCUGGGAUGAGGUCCAGGGGUCUUGGGACAACUCCAGGUGCCAGGUGGGGCCACGGACCACCCGCUCCCAGAUCCACUGCCUCUGCAACCACCUCACCUUCUUUGGAAGCACGCUCCUGGUCAUGCCCAAUGCCGUGGACGUCCGCCAGACCGCUGAGCUCUUUGCCACCUUCGCGGACAGCCUCGUGGUCGUGACCACCAUAGGCUGCCUCUGUGUGGCCUACGUGCUGGUGGUGAUCUGGGUGAGGAGGAAGGACGCUCAGGAUCAGGCCAAGGUGAAGGUCACAGUGCUGGAGGACAAUGACCCCUUUGCCCAGUACCACUACCUGGUGACAGUUUAUACCAGACACCGGAGGGGGGCAGCCGCUUCCUCAAAGGUGACUGUAACCCUAUAUGGCCUGGAUGGAGAGAGUGAGCCCCACCACCUGUCAGACCCCGACAUCCCGGGUUUUGAGGGAGGAGGAGUGGAUGUGUUCUUACCCUCCACCCUGCUUCCCCUGGGGGAGCUGAGAGGCCUGCGGCUAUGGCAUGACAACUCAGGGGACCAGCCAUCCUGGUACGUAAGCAGGGUGCUGGUGCAUGACCUGGCAAUGGACCAGAAGUGGUACUUCCUCUGCAACUCGUGGCUGUCCAUCAAUGUCGGAGACUGUGUCCUUGACAAGGUAUUUCCAGUGGCCACAGAGCAGGACAGGAGUAAAAUCGAAUUCACUUGGCAGGAAGUGAUGAUUGAGCUGGAUGAUUGGAUUGGGCUCCUCAUGUUUCCCAUCAACCUCCUGAUCGUUCAGAUUUUUUGGAACAGCCGUCCUUGGGUAACCAAGGAGCAAAACACUGGGAAACGGGAUGGGGGGCCCCUCAGCCUGGCCCCCUCACCGCAGCCUGUGGAGGAUGGUCUUCUGACACCUGAAGCAGUGACCAAGGAUUUGUGGAGACUCGUCAGCUCCUUGUUCAAAGCUCUGAAGGUGCCACCCCCUUGCUCGGGCUGGGACUUCGUGAACUCAAUGGACAUCAACCAACUGCUGGCCUUGGUGGAAGACGUCGUCUGUCAGCAGAACAAAGCAGGGCAGGUAUUCUGGAAGGAAGCCAGCCAGACAGGGGGCCCUUUAACACUCACUCUUGAGGCUGUGCAAGUGAAAGAAGAAAUGCAGUGCCCCAGGCCCGAGGUGGGCCCAAGAGACACUGGGAAGGACAGUGCCUACAGGCAGUGUCUCUACCUUCAGCUGGAGCACUUAGAGCAAGAGCUGCUGUUGCUGGAGCCCCAGGGCUUUUCCCAGGUCCAGAGCCACACACAGGCACUGGGGUAGCUGCAGACCUUGAAGGGCUGCCUGGGGGGACAGCCCGGAACCCCGCCUCCAGCACACUCCCUUGGCUCCCUGCAGGUGAGCAAGUCCCCUUGAGGCCUCCCCUGCUGGUGUGUCCUGGUGGGCUGGCUCCUGGUGGCAGCCUUCUUCACCAGGCUCUAUGGCCUGCACUACAGGCGGGCCAGCCCCCUCAGGUGGCUCAUCUCCAGGGCCGUCCCCUUCGUGGAGAGUGUGUUUGUCACCCAGCCCCUGAAGGUGCUGGGGUUCGCUGCUUUCUUUGCGCUGGUGUUGAAGACAGUGGAGGACGAGGAGGAGCCUGUGGCUCCCCUCCCGGGACGUGUCUCUGGCCCAGACCCCUCUGCCUUGUUCCAAGCACGAAGAAACAGUAGAAGGGACAUCUACCAGAAGCCUCUGGCCUCUGACGUUGAGAAGAUGAAAACCACCCACCUCAAGGAACAGAAAGCACUUGCCUUAAUCAGAGAAAUCUUGGCGCACCUGGGCUCCCUGUGGAUGCCGCUGCUGGUGGCCUACGGGCAGGGGGACCCCAGCGCCUACCACUUCAACAGACACCUUGGGCACAGCUUCACCCGAGGCUUUUCAGCCAUGCUGGACUUUCAGGACUUGUUCACAUGGGCCAACACCACCCUCGUGAGCAACCUGGACAGUCAUCACCCAGGCUUUAUCACUGAUGGGAACUCCAAGCCGGUGGGCAGUGCCCAGAUUCGCCAAGUGAGGGUCCAGGAAAGCUCUUGUGCUUUUGCCCUGCAGCUGCAGGCUUCUCUUGAUGGAUGCCAUGUGCCAUAUUCCCUGGACGUUGAAGACCUGUCACACUAUGGGGAAGGCUGGAAUGCCUCUGUCCUCAAUAACAGCAAUGACUUUUCCCAGGCUUGGCAGUACCAGAGCCAGAGCCAGAGCCAGAGCCAGCGCCGAGGGUAUCCCAUCCGGGGCUAACUCGCUGUGUACCGGGGAGGAGGUUACAUGGUCCCCUUGGGGACUGAUCGCCAAAGUGCGUCAAGAUCUCCAGGAACUGGUCUUGUGAACUGCCAGCCCAAGAGGGACUGUGACAGUUGCAGCUGCUGCCUGCCUAAGCCCCUGAUGCUCUAUCUGUCGGAGGAAGGAGAGAUCGUCGAUUUGCUACUGAUGAAGAUACUUUUCCUAGGCAUUAAAUGUAAAAGACAGGAGCCUGGAAACAGCAGUGAGCAGCCUGAGUUGCUGUCAGAGGCCUGGGCCCCUCAACCUCUAUCAGCUGUGCCCCAAAUUUAA